UAAUAUUCUCAAAGAUACUGGGCUAUCUUUAAAAAUUGAAAGUUACUAUGUCUUUCUUUUAAUCCUCAAAACUAACUUUUCCAAAUUGAUAAAAUACGUUGAUCAUUAAAAUAGGUAAGACCCAACUGAAAUUCAAUUAUCCUCCUAUAAUCUCUCUCGCAAUCAAAUCAAAUCUUCAAAUGAAGAUCUUUUCAAAUUGAAUAAUGAACAACGCAAGAAGAAAGGAAAAUAUUGAGUGCAGUAAUACAAUUAAUCGGAGAGCAAUUUCAUUAGAGGAGAGAGGAUAAUUCAUAGAAGAAGGAGACUUACAAUUCAUCAGAAUUAAAACAAUCAUCACACGAGAAGGGAUCAAAUCCAGAAAUGACAACAUUUAAAAUACUUGUUUACUACAACGGAGAAUGGGAUGAAGGGUUUAGGUACUCAAAUUACAGAAUAAAAGGAAUUCUAGUUAAAGAUGAUGCAGAUUUUGAAACAUUGAACUCCAUGAUUUGUGGUAUGCUGAAAGUGAACAAUUGGGAAACGAAGUUGGAAAUUAAAUAUCAAUUGGAACCAAACCAACAACCUUUGGAUAUUGAGGACAAUGAAAGCCUACACUUCUACAUUGAAAUGAAAAGAGAUGAAGCGAGAACGACAAAUUUUCCAUUGUGCGUCACAAGGAUACAAAUUGAAGAUCAGCAACUCGUUGACAUCAAUUGUGUACCUGUUCAAAAUACGAAUGAAGAACAAGCAGAAAACUUUGUUUUCAGUAAUGCCACAUUUGAUAUUGUGAAGUAUGCAGAAAUGAUAUGCAAAAAUUCAGAAGUAGAAGAAGAGGACACCACUAGUAUACUUACUGACUCUGAAAUUGUGACGACUUCUAGUGUGAAGGAAAUAUAUGUUGGGCAAAUCUUCAAAGAUAAGAGGAUUCUGUUAUCAUGCCUCAGUUUCUAUGCAAUUGAAAACCACUUUCAAUAUAAAGUGAGGAAGUCGUGUCAGCUUGAAUAUGUGAUUAUUUGCGUAGAUGAUAAUUGCGAGUGGACAUUGAGGGCUUCAAGAGACGGAAAAACAAAUUUCUUUGUUAUUAGAAGAUUUUUCAAAAGUCACACAUGUCCUCUAGAAAUAAGAAUGGAAGAAAAACGGCAAGCGACUGCUUCUAUAAUCGGGGAUGUGAUAAAAUCAAGGUUCUUGAAUGUCAAAACAGUGUAUACACCAGCUAACAUAAUUACUGAUAUUCAAAGAGAGUAUGGAGUAAUUCUUAAUUACAACAAGGCUUGGAGAUCAAGGGGAAAGGCACUUGACACUGUUCGAAGUAAACCACGCGAUUCGUAUUCAGUUUUGCCAAGUUUUUUGUAUAUGUUAGUGCAAACCAACCCAGGAUCAGUUGUAGAUUUGCGGACAGUUGAUGGUGACAAAUUUCAAUAUGUGUUCAUGGCUAUUGAUGCAUCUAUAAAGGGGUGGAGCUAUUGUAGAGCGGUUAUUGUUGUGGAUGGGACUUUUUUAAAGUCAACCUACGGAGGAACUCUACUUACUGCAUCCACACAAGACGGGAGUGGUAAGAUUUUUCCGCUUGCGUUUUGUGUUGUGGAUUCUGAAAAUGAUGCUGCUUGGGAAUAUUUUUUUGAAAAAUUAAAAGAAACCUUUGGAGAAAAGGACAGCCUAUGUAUUGUAUCUGAUAGGCAUGAUAGCAUAAGUAAGGCUGUAGAAACAGUUUUUCCUCAAGCUACUCAUGCAAUUUGUAUGUAUCAUCUUUUAAGUAACGUAAAACGCCACUUUAGAGGUGAUCCGAAGAGGUUGAGGGAAUGUUUUUUUGGGGCUGCAAAGGCAUACACGGUACAGGGUUGCGAGUACUUCAUGGCUGAGCUCGAUGGCAUAAACGCAGGGAUUCGACCAUACCUUGAAGGUAUUGGGUUGUGGAAAUGGGCAAGAGCACAUUCAACGAACAAUAGAUACUCAACAAUGACGUCAAACAUUGCUGAAUCUAUUAAUGCAUCAAUAAAGGCAGCUAGAGAGUUACCAGUAGCAACACUCCUUGAGUAUUUGCGCCGUUUAGUUCAAAAUUGGAGUUUUAAAAAUAGGGAUGUCGCACUUUAUACAGGAACUAAACUGUCAACUAGAGCAGAAGAAGCGCUGAGGGAUAAUUAUGCAACAGCUCAGAGAAUGCAGGUUAUACCAUCGGUUACAAGUCAAGUAUAUACUGUGGAAGAUGGUAGUAAAAGUUUUAUAGUGAAACUUAGUGAAAAGACAUGCGCAUGCUGUAGAUUUCAAAAAGACGAGCUUCCGUGUGCACAUGCCGUUGCAAUAUUUUGCAAGUACCACAUGGAUCCCUACCAGCACUGUUCACAUUUUUUCACAAAGGAGAAUUUGAUGAAAAUAUACGAGCCAGUUGUUUAUCCAAUGCCGGAUCAAAGUGAAUGGGAUGUCCCUGUAGAAAUUUCAACAAAAAAAGUACUUCCGCCAAUAGCAAAGAUACCACCAGGAAGGCCUAAGAAACAGAGAAUAAAGGGAUAUUCGGAGGGAACACAAAGAAAUAAGUGCAGCAAAUGUGGAAAAAAGGGACACAACAAAAAAACUUGUCGUGCAUUUAUUGGUUAUAAAUGCAAAGCAAAAAUUGAAAUCAUUAAAGGUAACCAACUGUAUGUUAAAGGUACAUAA